CUUUAAAUCGUAAUAUAAAAAUAAUAAUAACCUACAAAUUAAUCGAAAAUCUAAAAAAUAUGCUGAUCUAAUCAAUAAAUACAUUGUAAUUUAUUUGGUAUCAAUCUCAAAUAUUAAAUUUUUUUUAAUCCAAAUAUUUUUCUGAUUAAUUUUCUAAUUCUUUAAAUAGAAAAGAGAUGUUUUCAACCAAAAAUGUUUUUCCUUUUGCAAAUCUGGCAAGAUAUAACUCAACAGCAGCUACAUUUGUAAAUAGAAAUCCUAGGAACUUGGAGCGAAUGAGAAUAGCUCGCAAACCGGAUGGCUAUCAUUUGGAAAGACCUGGGAGAGUAUUCUGGCACAAACUGAUAAUAACACCAACAAACAGAACAGUAAAGGCUGAAGUCGUACAUUUUGUUAAUGGUUCAGUUAUUGAGGCCAAAACAUCAGAAAUGGCUCUCCGUAAUCAAUUAUAUAGCAUGACGGAUACAUGUGCUUAUAUAAACCUUGGUAGAGUAUUCGCUCAAAGAUGUCUUGAGUGUGGAAUAACGGAAAUGGCUUGUGAUAUAGAAUCAAAAAAAGGCAGCAAAAUUGACAAAUUUUUGAAUGAGAUUGUCAAAGGAGGUAUAAAAUUAGUGGAGGAGCCUGUAUAUAAAAAACCUGAGCCUUGGGAUUGGAUAAGAACUGAAAAACCAUGGGAAGUCACAGAAGAAUGAACUGUUUCUAUUAAGUAAUAAAGUUUAGUUGUUAAUAAUAAAAUAAUGAUAGUU